GCUAUUGUCGUUUUGCUUUUGUUCGGGAACGAAAAUACAACAACAAUGCUGUCACCUUGGCUUUGGCCGGCACACUCCCUGGGCCUACGGCAUCUUGCUUUUGUGGCUUGUGGCUUUGGCUGUGACUAGGAAUAUAAUAAGGGCUCUCUGUGGCCAGGUCUUGCUUUCAACCAACCAUCUUCCCUUGGGAUUCUCUUCUGUACACGCCUCGUCGUCGUGGUAGUCUGUGACCGACGUGCUUUUGUGAUUCGUGAACACUCGAGGUGUUCUGUCCUCUCUCUCCCUCUCUCUAACACUUGCUAGAUCCUGGUCUCGUCGCUCUUUCGCGAACGUUGUCGUUGGCGCCCUUCUAUAUCAUUCGCGAGUUCGCCGGUCUCCUGUAGAUCUACCCAUCUGUCCAUCUACAUCAAUUCACACGUGUAUACGCUCAGUAUCACCUAUAUCCUAGCUCCGUACGACAACAAUCUGGUGCCGGUCCACCUCACGCCUACGCCGUUCAAGCCAUCUUGCCGCCCAGCGCCCCAUCUUAAUACAACCAGCUCCAUCUCCACUCUUCAACAGCAUCAAAAAUGCUUCCUCCUCGCGCAUACAUCUUCAUGUUUCUCAACGGCGUACGCGCGUUGUCAAUCAUCGCAUGCAUCCUCGUGUUUGCGAGCAGCAUCGUGACAUUGGUGCACGAUGUCGAGGCCGUGAACAAGUUCAUCGUUGCUGGAAAGGCGAACGCGACUGAGACAGGGCUGUUGGAUUGCGAUUAUAUCGCAGACAGCACAGUGCCGAACCAGCCCGCAGGCGCGUUCUGGGCAGUGCUCAACCGACUGCUCAUCAUCUGCCAGAUCAUCCUGCUCAUCAUGUCUGAGGUCGGCUGGCCGCAAAAGUUCUUCAGUCGCUUUUUCCCCGUGCUCGGCUACGACUUUGGUCUCGGUGCGCUCGGCAUCAUCCAGUGCUUGAUUGGCGCAGCCGUGCUCUCGCACCACGUCGACGACUUCGCGCUUGUCUCUGCCUUCUUCCUCUUUUCACUCGGAUGCCUCAACAUCCUCCUCGGCCUCAUCUUCCGCGAACACGCGAAAUCCAAGCGCUCGAUCUUCUCGUGGCGCGAACACGCCCACAGCGGGCUCCCCACCACCGUUCAGCGCGCCACGUCGACCGCGUCCACGCUCACCGCCGUCUCGACGGGCUUCGGCUCUGCUGCGGCGGAGCAGAACGCGGAACGGUGGGGCACGUUCGGCUUCGGCAGGCAGGGCGAGAAAAAGGCGGGGCUCAAAGGUUUCUUGCUCUCGAAGCCGUUAGAGACCCUCCCGAAGUAUGCGCCCUCCCAUGUGUCGACGCGGCCGGGCCCGAGGUCGUUCGAGUCAGAUUCGACGGCCGUAUGA